AUGACCCUGAGUACUAAAAUGUCUAUCAAACCGGUCGGUCGUGUUGCCAUUUUAUUCUUCAUACUAAGUGCGCACGCGCAGUCAUCACCAGAUGUCACGAUACAGGCUUUCAGACCGAAAGGUGUUCGAGUGUCUAUACAAGAUCCGGAGAAAAAGCUCAACCAAUUCGUAUUCCAAGGGAAUGUGAAUAGGAAUAUUAACGUAAAUGAUGUGGGCCAAAUUUCUGGUGAGGUCAUCAAGCCCACGAAUGGGGCUUGGGUGUUUGAGGACCCGACCAUAUCUCUUAAGCCUGGCGAUGUCAUCAAUUACUAUGUGUUUGUUACGCGGGAGAGAAAGGGCUAUGUCAACGACAACCUCACCUUCACAGUAACUGAACUGGUUGAUCCAUCAUCACCCGCAAAGCCCUCAUCACCAGACUGUAAGUCAACUGUGACAGAGGUUGCAGGCGGUAAAGUGUGUGCCGGCCAAGUUAUUUUUGAGGAUAAUUUCGACCGACUUCAGGAUCUCUGGUACAUAGAGCAGUACAUACCAGACCAACCAGACUAUCCUUUUGUGUCCUAUCAACGACCUCCAAAAAGUCAAACGGUAGCCGUUGAUAAUGGUUACUUAAGAAUCGCUCCCCAACUCCAACAGGAUCUGGCAGGAUUUUCUAAUAGUUCAAUUUUAUCUGGUACCCUGGAUCUCACUAGUGGAUGCACAAGUAGAACCACGUAUUCAUCAAAAUGCAGCGUCAGUGCCUGGGGCGCGAGCAUUCUACCACCUGUUGUAACGGGAAGGCUGACUACCAAGUUGGCCUUUAAGUAUGGAGUGGUUGAAGUCAGAGCCAAGUUACCAAAAGGAGACUGGUUAUAUCCAGACAUUGGAUUAGAACCGUUAAUGAAUAAAUAUGGGUUUAUGAAUUACGCCUCCGGACUGAUUAGAAUCGCUGGAGCGAGAGGCAACAAUGAAUUGAACCUUGGUGCUGAAGAUCUUAGUAAUAAGGUGUUGUAUGGUGGCCCUAUUAUGGAUUUUGAUUGUCGAGGCCACCUUCUUCGAAAAAGGAGUGCAGCCAAACCGUGGUCUAAUGAUUUUCACACGUACAGUGCCAGAUGGGAACCAGGUCGUAUAACACUAGCAGUCGACGGUAUUGAAUGGGCCCGCAUAGAACCUUCAGCAAAUGGCUUUCAGGGACUGUUGGGACGCGACUGCCCAUUACCUAGGGACUUACUUGCGACCGGUUCUAACAUGGCACCAUUCGAUGAUUAUUUUUACUUGACUCUCGGUGUCGCAGCUGGUGGCAUCAGCGAGUUUCCAGAUGGGUCCUAUACAUCAGGUUCUCGUCCGAAACCCUGGAGAAAUCCGGGGAGGAAGGCAUCCUUGAACUUUUGGCAGGAUAUUGAGGCAUGGUGGAAUACUUGGACACAACCUUUAAUUGUUGAUUACGUCCGUAUCCGAGCGAUUUAA